AUGGCCGACGACGUAAUACUUUUGAUUACGAUUAACGCAUUUGGAUGUUUGGUGGAGUCGAUCUACAUCAGCAUCUACAUAUUUUAUGCACCUAGAAAGGCCACCACUGUGGGAUGUGUUAUAGGGACUCUAGGAGGAUUUGGAGUUAUUGUUAUGCUAACACAAGUUCUGGCCGACAACGUAAUACUUUUGAUUACGAUUAACGCAUUUGGAUGUUUGGUGGAGUCGAUCUACAUCGGCUUCUACAUAUUUUAUGCACCCAGAAAGGCCACCUCCGUGGGAUGUAUUAUAGGGACUUUGGGAGGAUUUGGAGUUACUGUUAUACUAACACAAGUUCUGGCCACCUCUGUGGGAUGUGUUAUAGGGACUUUGGGAGGAUUUGGAGUUAUUGUUAUGCUAACACAAGUUCUGAAACAGGUGAUACAGACGGGCAGCGUGGAUUUUAUGCCCCUCACCUUGACUCUUACACUCACCUCGUUCCCAAAUAUUUUGGAGGUAUCAUUUGGGGUUAUUCAGAUGAUAGUUUAUUGGAUAUAUAGGCCUGCCUCGUCCAAAAAUGUUGUUGCUACUAGAGGAGUUGGAUCGGUUAAUUUACCCGUGGUUGUAGGGGAUAAUAUUGAAGAGAUAGUAUAA